CCUCUCCCGGGUUUUUAAACCCAUUUCCGCGACGGGGAGCCCCAGGCUGGGAAGGUUUGGGUAGCACAGUGGGCGGAGGUUCCAGCUCCAGGCUUGGCUUAUCCAUCCCGCGUUCCGGGUGAAACCAGGAAACGGCCGGGGCCCAGGGGCCGCGACCUGAAGUUUUCCGUCCACUCUUUGGCGGCUCUCCAGCUCUCCUCCUCCUCCUCCUCCUACCGUGGACGUCCUCAGAUUGAGUUGGAGAAGGGGGACCCCGGUGUGGUGUCCUGGGAAAGCUUGGAAAGGGGUACCCUGGGGAGACACCCACCACCUCCUCCUGCGUCCCCAGGGCUGCUGAAUCACCGGCGAGGAGUCUGCAGGUGCUUGAAUGAGCCCGCCGACACCAGCCUCUGCCCCCGGGUGCCCGACGUAACAACAAGGAUCCCACGGGUGGCUCCUGGCAUGCCCCACCAGCCUUCAGCCUGAGUCGGCAGCCCCCGUCUCUGCCAGCCGCCACCCUGCACUGUCCCAGCUCCCCCGAGGUCCCCACGCUGCAGUGCGGCCAAGACCCCUCCCCGCAGGGGCCACCCCCACCCACCGCCCCUGGUGCCCGGGGUGGCCCAGUCCGCAGGGCCAUGAAGCUGCAGGCCGUGAUGGAGACUCUCAUUCAGAGGCAGCAGCGUGCCCGGCAGGAACUGGAGGCUCGACAGCCUCCACCGCCCCCACCACCGGAGCCCACGGGUGUCCGUACUCGGGCCAACGUGCCGGACGAGGACAGGGAGCCCGAGAACACCCGGAUGCAUCGGGCGCAGAUGGCCGCACUGGCUGCUAUGCGAGCCGCUGCCGCCGGCUUGGGACAUCCGUCCUCCCCCCGCGACGCCGAGGACGGGCCUCCCGCCCUGGAUCAGGAAGACACAGCCCAGGAAGGGACUCUGAGUUCACCUGCCCUGCGUGGAAGUGGUCUGGAGGGACACACGGAGGGAGACGGGCAUUUGAUGGACGUGGGCUCUGAUGACGAUGACACGAAGCCCAAGUGGGAAGAACUGGAAGAACUGGGGGAGGAGGAAGAGGAGGAGGAGGAGGAGGAGGAAGAUGAAGAUGACUUUGAGGAAGAGGAGGAGGAAGAAGAAGAAGGCCUGGGUCCCCCAGAGUCUGCCAACCUGGGCGCUGCAGGCCUGUUCGCCCGCAAGGCCCCGCCCACUCAGGCUUUCCGUGGAGAUGGUGGCCCCAGGAUACUGAGUGGCCCUGAGCGCCUGGGACCCAGCCUGGCCCACCCCAGUCACGUGGCAUCCCAGAUGCCACCGCCAGACCACGGGGACUGGACAUUCGAGGAGCAGUUCAAACAGCUCUAUGAACUGGACGCGGACCCCAAGAGGAAAGAGUUCCUGGACGACCUGUUCAGCUUCAUGCAGAAGCGGGGCACUCCAGUGAACCGGGUUCCCAUCAUGGCCAAGCAGGUUCUCGACCUGUUCAUGCUGUACGUGCUGGUGACCGAGAAGGGCGGCCUGGUAGAGGUCAUCAACAAGAAGCUGUGGCGGGAGAUCACGAAGGGACUCAACCUGCCCACCUCCAUAACCAGCGCGGCCUUCACGCUGCGGACACAGUACAUGAAGUAUCUCUACCCCUAUGAGUGUGAGCGGCGAGGCCUGAGCAGCCCCAACGAGCUCCAGGCGGCCAUAGACAGCAAUCGCCGGGAGGGCAGGCGCCAGAGUUUCGGGGGCUCGCUUUUUGCUUACUCGCCCAGUGGCGCCCACAGCAUGCUGUCCUCACCCAAACUCCCGGUGACUUCCUUGAGCCUUGCCGCCAGCACCAAUGGCAGCUCCAUCACCCCAGCGCCCAAGAUCAAGAAAGAGGAAGACUCGGCUAUCCCCAUCACUGUCCCAGGCCGCCUCCCCGUGUCUCUGGCAGGCCACCCUGUCGUAGCAGCCCAGGCCGCAGCCGUGCAAGCUGCCGCAGCGCAGGCCGCAGUCGCGGCCCAGGCCGCCGCCCUGGAGCAGCUCCGGGAGAAGCUGGAAUCCACGGAGCCUCCGGAAAAGAAGAUGGCCCUGGCCGCGGAGGAGCAGCAGCGCCUCAUGCAGCGCGCCGUGCAGCAGAGCUUCCUGGCCAUGACGGCCCAGCUCCCCAUGAACAUCCGGAUCAACAGCCAGGCCUCUGAAAGCCGCCAGGAUUCCGCCGUGAAUCUCACCUGUGCCAACGGCAGCAACAGUAUUAGCAUGUCAGUGGAGAUGAACGGCAUUGUGUACACAGGGGUGCUGUUCGCGCAGCCGCCACCUCCCACACCGCCUUCUGCGCCCAGCAAAGGUGGCAUCAGCGGCGUCGGUCCCAGCAACACCAUGGGUAGCCGGACAGGAGCCGGCAGCGGCAGCACUGGCGGAGGCGGUGGCCAGGUGGGGCUGGCGGGGGUGUCUCCGCCCACCGUGUCUUCUACCUCAAAUAACUCCUUGCCUUAAAGGAAACCAAGUUGCAUGGCUGCCCACCUGUCGCAGAGACCACACGGCCACACAGGGGGACCUGGGACGUCAGAAGAAUCCCAGUGGGCCGCGGGCAGAUUCCCAAGGAGCCACACUGACGCCAAAAAGGAGAGAGAGAGAGAAAAAUAUAUAUAUAAAUAUAUACAUAUAUAGAAAGAUAGAUAGAUGGAGAAACAGAUUUAAUAAAUCAGGGCAAAGCAAAGAACACUUGAAUCUCUCAGGUUUCAGAGACUCCGAGAAAUGGAUUUGACCAACCUCAAAGCUGAAGGAGGCCACCUUUCCAGAGGCUUCCAUGGGGCACGGCUUGACCAGCCCCGUCCAGGCACGUCUAUUUACCUCAUGAAUCCCGGCACUGUGUGUUCACAUUUUUUUGUUUUGUUUUGUUUUUGUUUUUGUUUUUCUCUCUCUCUUUCUCUUUCUCUCUCUCUCUCUCUUUCCUUGGUUUUUAACCAUGGUUCCUUUUGGGACCAACCUUGGAAGCUAUGAAUUUUUCUUUUCUUCUUAAAAACAAGAUCUCCGCAUUCAGGACGCAUUUUUUUUUUAACAAAAAAAAAAGGUUUUGGGGUUUCUGAUUUUGUAAAUAUUCUAUUUUAUUCUUGAGGGCAGGGAUUGGAUCUUAGGAAGAAUCUAUCUGUAUAUCUAUAUAUUUUGUGUUUAUUCAGGGAAACAAGACUUUUAAAAAAAUUUAAGCAAAACACCAGCCAUGGCCGGUCCCCACCCGUCACCCCAGACCCCCUGCGUGUCCUGCGGUGACCCCGGCUCAGCUAGGAGAUGCUGGCUCUCAGCAGUUUCCUCAGUUCUGUCAGACUGGCCCUGCCCAGUAGCUCCAUCAUUGGAGAACCUGGAUUGCUUACCCAGGACACAGAACGUUCUAGAGAUGGGUGGGGGAGCCACAGAAGGCAGUGGCCUCGUGAGUCUCAGGGACAGAGGUGUCAGAUCCUCGUUGCCCGGAUGGGUCGCUUUCGAGAGGCAGAGGCAACCAACAGGCCUAGCUCAGGCAAGGAUCUGGGCUUGAGUCGCGGCCUCCUGCGUCCUGCCUCCCUCCUCGCCUUUCAGUCCCCUUGCUGGGACAGCAUCUGACGGUGGCAGUAGUCAACCGGGAAAGACCCAGCUAUCUCUCCCAUAGUCCAGCCAAACUGGACACAGUGGCACAUGCCUGUCAUCCCAGCUCUUGGGAUGAGGCAGGGGGAUGGAGAGAGUUCAGGGUCAUCUUUGGCUACAUAGGGAGGCUGUGGCUGGCCUGAGCCACUUGAAACCCCAUCUCCAGCGAAGUGGGGCAAGGCCAGGGCAGUGGCGUAUACCUGUAAUCCCAGCGCUCUCUGAGUGGCCAGCCUGUCUUACCGUUAGUUCCAAGCUACCCAGGGCUACACAGUGAGACCCUGUCAAAAACAAAAAACAAAAACAACAAAAAAAAACCACUUUGAUUUCGUUUUGGCUGGAGCCACAUACGCCCUCUCUGCUGGACCGAGGAGCCCGGCCUGGCCCCGGCCUGGUCUCCACUCCUCCAUGGGCAGUGCUGGGCUCUCUGGGAGCAAGCUGGGAGCUGGGGCCCGCUUGUUCCUCAGCCCAGCGGUCGUGAACACUGAGUCCAUGCUGUGGGGACCAGACCCUCUUUUUCCUCCGUCUCAGGUUGUCAACACCCCUUCCGUCCUUCCAGGAGUGGUGCUGCCUAUUUGGAGGGGAGGGGGAUCUCAACGUUUCCUUCUGGAAGCUUCUGCCUGCCCCAUUUUGGGGCCUCUGUCUUAGCCGCACAAUCAUUCCUGGUCACGGGUGUCGAGGGGGUCCUUGUCCCUUCCGACGACCCUGUCCAAAGUCUGCUUCCAUGGGUAACUGACUCAGGGAUAUAACAGCCAGCCUCCGUGUCCCUAGUGGGGUCCGUCUGAGGGGGUCGCCUUGGUGGGCACGCCCAAGGCAAGUUUCUUUCUACCUCAGGUCUUUUGAUGCCAAAAAGAAAAAUGUACCCAGGUCACCCACUUGUCCGGUCACCUUCUCAAUGCUCACGGUGGGCACUCGGUGUCCUGUGUCCACUUGUAUCUUGGGCUCUGUGUGGCCGGAAAGCGCCAGAUCCUAACUCAGGGGACCACGCCCACGAUCGUGGUGGGGGAUGCCCUCUGCUGGACAUCCUCAGCAGCCCUCCAAGGUCCUGUCUGUGCCUCAGUUACCCCGUCAGGCCUUGGUAUGGGGUCAGUUGUCAGCCAUGCAGACUGGAGUGGGGACAGAGCUGGGGUUGUCACUGUCCACCUCGUACCUUAGGGCUUGGCGUGGGACAGGUGAGACACCCAAACUCAGGGCAAAGGGUGGAAGGGCAGGCACAGGCUGCUUCUAGAACCUUCCUGGUCGCCCUUAUGCUGGCCACCAGGCCGUCUGUCUGUCUGUCUGUCUGGUUGCAGUGGGUGGGUAGGGAUGGGGCUUGGGAACAGCUGAGUUUAUGUUUUCUGAGGGUUAUAUAUCUGUACAGUCUGUUGGGUUUUUUUUUUUUCUUUUCAUUUUAAUCAUUUUUACAUACUUUGUUUUUUCCCCACCCCCACAUGAUUUUGGCUUGUGUGGAUUUUAUUUUUCCUUCUGAGCAACUGUGAGCUGAGCUGUUUUGUUAGGAUCAUGGGAACUUUUCAGUUUCUCAGGGGUGGGUGGGAGGGGCUCAUCCGACAGCCUGGGAAUCGCACACAAACUCAGGUAAAAUGAAAAAAAAUAAAUAAGUGGAUUUUAAAACAUUUAAAUUAAAAAAAUAAAAAGGAAAAAAAAAAGAAACAAAAAAACUGUUUUCUACCUCUGAUCAGGCCUUUGUGGUCAGUUCCCGCCCAGGCUGCGGCCUGUGGCCUACAAUGGUCACAGCUGUGCGGAAUAUUCAGGCAAAUUCAGCUGUUAACAGGAAAACUCAGACAACAAUGGGGGAAAAGAUGUGAUUUUUGAAAUUAAAAAAAACAAAACAAAACUGAAAGUUUACAUUUUAUGACCUUAUUGUGGAUUGUAUUUAAACCUCAGAAAUAUUUAACGGGAUUGUAACCCUGGAAAUGAGUGAGAUUAAAGAGUUGAGACACUUC